AUGGCCAAAAAAAUUAAAAAAGCUACAGAUGCUCUUCAGUCUCUUGAUGAAGAAGAUUUUAAUAAUGUCCUAGAAUUUAUAUAUACUAUUAAAAAAGAAAAUAAGUUAGAAGCUCCUAUAAAAUCUACAGAAAAACUUAUUGAAAUUAUUCAAGGUUUAGAUGACAAUGAGAAAAAAGAUGCGAUAAAACUAUUAGACAGUAUGCAAUAUCCACAGGAAAAAAAUAAAGGCAAGAUUAUAUCACCAUAUUUACAACAACAAUUAGUUGAAGUAAUUUUUAACUUCCUUUAUCAGCUACGAGAAAGUUAUUCUGCUUUAAAAGAAGAACGUGAUCAUCUUUGA